GUUGUUUUCUCACAUCCAUAACGCAACGACCAUAUUUCUUUCUUUCCGAUUUUGUACAAUCGCCAACAUGGGUUUCGCUACUCUCUGGUAUUCGCAUCCACGCAAAUACGGCCAAGGCUCCCGCUGCUGCCGCGCGUGCUCCAACCGCCACGGAUUGAUCCGCAAGUAUGGUCUUAACAUUUGCCGUCAGUGCUUCAGAGAAUAUGCCAGCGACAUUGGCUUCAAGAAGCUGGACUAAAUGUCUACUUCAAACCUAGGCAUGCACAUGUCUAAAAUAAAAUAGGCAUAUUAAUAUAAGUAGUCCCAAAAUUUUAAGAUGGGACUGCGUAUAUUAAUAUGCCGGCAACAGCAACAACAAGCAACAACAGCAUAAUCAUUUGGAGAUUUAAACGAAUGCAAAAGCUAAUGAAAGAAUUUGUGAAAGCGCUCUGGAUCUGUAUCGAUUACAUUCUACAAGCUAAAAGUUAAGUGUUACAAUAAGCGGAUAUACAACCAGACAAACACAUACCCAUCGCAUUGCCUUCUACGAAGGAUUCUCAUGUAAAUGUUGUAAACUUUAAAUCUCCCUAUGAUUAAAUCUAUAACAAGAAAUGUA